CCCCUCUUCUCCGCCCUCGGCUGCGUCGCAGCAAUCGUCUUCUCCUCCUUCGGCGCCGCGUACGGCACGGCCAAGUCGAGCGCCGGGACCUUCUCCGCCGGCGUCCUACACCCAGACAUUGGCGUUCGCGCGCUUCUCCCUACCGUCUUCUCGGGCAUCUUGGCAAUCUACGGCCUUGUGAGCUCCGUUCUAAUCGCAAACCAUAUCCAGGUGGAGCUCCCGCUCUACACAGCGUUGGUGAACUUGGGUAGUGGGCUUGCGGUGGGAUUGUGUAGUCUUGCGGCCGGGUUUGCGAUUGGGAUUGUGGGUGAUGCAGGCAUCCGGGCUGUGAGUAUGCAGGGGAGGAUGUUUGUUAGCAUGGUAUUGGUUUUGAUUUUCGCGGAGGUCUUGGGAUUGUAUGGUUUGAUUGUCGCGCUUAUUGUCGAUACGAGGGCGAGUUUGGCGAAUCCGCAGGUGAUGUGUAGGGCGAGGUGA